AUGACAUGUCUAACAAACCACUUUUCUAUACUGUUAUGUUUCCUUAGCAGUUCUGUGACUGAAGUAAAUGAUGAGGGAAUAAGGCCGGAUGACCUCAUUGAUAUCAUCGUCAACAGUAAGAACUACAAGAGGAACCUCAUCUUUGUCAAUGUAAAAAACCAGAAGAAUAGCAAAGUAUAUGAGGCAGUCCUGAGGGAGCUGAAGAGGAGAGCUUUGGAGCGAGAUGAAAACAUUUCCUUUAACAUCACUCAAAUAAGAAACAAAUUUAAGAAAUGURUUGCUGAGUGURAGAAGGCUGCACUCACAAUUAAAACAGCCACAGGAGUCAAGCGAUUUGCUGAUUCCAAAGGUUAUGGUAAGUGGUUUGACCAGCUCUACCCGAUUGUGAGGUCUAGGGACUCAUGCCAGCCGGAAAUGGCCAGGGAACCAUCAGCUACAAUUGAGAGCGAAUCUGAAGAACAAAAUGGAACCAAGCAAUUUAUUCCAGUAAAGUCAGGUAGGAAGAGGAAGGCAACAGCAGAAGAUACCAACCAACAAGUGCUAAGCAUGAUAAAGGAGGUCAUUACCAAUGAUCCAACAAAACAUUUGUUGGACUUUAUGAAAGAUGAAAUGGAAAGGCAGCGCCAACAUGAAGCACAGCUCUUUAGUAUGUUGUCCCAAAGUUCAAUGUUCAAUCCAGGGGCUUCAAGUUACCACCAGCAGCAGCCAAGACCAUCCUUUAUACAAGAAAUGCAAGGAUGUCCAAGUGUGCCAUUCCCUUCCUUGCCCCCAAAUCCACAGCAGGCUACCAGCACGUUUAAYAAAUAUCCACCUUCAACAUCUGGUUUGUAAGAUUAAUGGCUGACUUCAAAGAUUCCUUUAUUAUUUUGUCAAAAUAUAUUUCUUAAGGAGGAAUUCAAAUAUUUAAGUAGACAUUAAAGUAUA